AUUCUUUUAUAGUAAAAAAGGGAAAAUAUUUGUAAUUUUCAAAGCUAAAUUUUGGCUUAAACUUAACUUGCUCGCCUAUUGCAAACGCAGCCACCGAGGAUCCCUUAUAGGAUUAAUCCUCUUUGCAACGUCGACAGGGAGAACUUUUUUGAGUUGGGAUGGGGGUAAACUGGGAAUAGGACCGAGCACUAACUUUUCUCUUCUUCACAGCCUGACUACAUGGCCUCUGUGAAGUAGAGUUCUGUGUCUCUCUCUCCUUGCUUUGCCAGCUCCUGUGCUGAGUGGGAAGGCUAUGAAUUUUUUCGGCUUGCUGCUUCGGUGCACGAAGGUUGUACACAAAAAAUUCCAAAAAAAUGGAAUUUCUGGUUGAUUCUCGGCAAAAAGGAAAAUUCAAAUCUGGGAAGUAGCUCCCAUUUCCACACUAAAGAAGUUACCAGAAUGGCCGAUCUAAUUAUUGCCUGUAGAUUUGCUGGGACUUUCCCUUUCCAACUCUAACCCACCUUUUCCCUCAAGGUAAAAUCCAAUCCUGAAAACAGACUAAUGCUAGGCUCUGCAUUUUACCAGAAUUUCAUAGCUACCCAUUUAUUAGUUGGCAAAACCUUGCUGGAUAUAAAGAAAAAAAAGUGCUAGAGGCAGGCAAACUCCAACCAAGACGCCAUUUUAUUUAUAAGCUAAAUUUCAACAAUAAAAUAGUUUUCAUUUAUUCUAUUUAAAAAUAUGAAAAUAUGAGGAUUGAGAAGAACAUUUUCUUUUGUCAUCAUGGAUGGCAAAUCAAUUUCAGCAAAAAUUUUAAACGAUCUAAAAGACGAAAUUUCAAGCUUAAAAAUGAAAAACUACACAAGCUCAGUCCCAACUUUAGGAUAUUUAGUUAAUUCUUCCAAUGCAGGGUCUUUUAUUUAUUAUAAGAAAAAGGAAAAAACUUGCCACUCAAUAGGAAUUGAUACAAUAGGAUAUGAUGUAAUAGGGAAAAAUGAUAUAUCAGAAUUAUAUGGUCAUAUAAAUUAUCUGAAUGCUAAUACAGCCGUAAAUGGAAUUUUAGUUCAAUUACCAAUUUUUCCAGGCGCCAAUGAAGCUGAGAUUCUUGAUAAGGUUUCUUUAGAAAAAGAUAUAGAUGGCCUGACACGUAAAAACAUGGGAAUGCUUUUUAUGAAAAAUUCUGAGCCUCUUUUUUAUCCAUGCACAGCAUUAGGAGUAUUUGAAUUAAUCAAAAGUUAUGGAAUCAAUCCAAGAGGGCUGCAUACAGUUAUCAUUGGGAGAAGCAAUUUAUGUGGACUCCCUCUAUUUAGUAUGUUCCAAAAGGCGAACUCAACUGUCACUAUGUGCCAUACAGCUACACAAAACCUGAAACAAUAAAUUAUUUUACAUAAAAUUGCUUAUUAUUAUAGCUUAAUUAAGUAAAUAUAAUUAAUAAUUCAUUAAUACGCAAAAUAUAAGGAAAUAAUCAUGCUUAUACCAGAGCAGAAUAUAAAUAAAUAAUAAAAUAUAAAUUUAAUAUAUAAUGAUAUAACAAGCCAAGCAGACAUUUUAGUUUCUGCAGCAGGGAAAGCUAAUUUAAUUAGAGAAGAUAUGGUUAAAGACGGAAGUAUUGUUAUUGAUAUUGGAAUUAAUAAAAUAAACACGGGAGAAAAGUCUUUAAUUGUUGGAGAUGUAGAUUACGAAAGAGUUAGAGAAAAAACAAAAUUUAUAACGCCUGUCCCUGGAGGAGUUGGGCCAAUGACAAUUGCGAUGCUAUUAAAGAAUCUAGUAAAAGCGUGGAAAAGGGCGCAAAAUUUCUAA